CCACCCCACCGAUGCCCGCCCCUCCCCCGGCCCUAGGAAUGGGUGCCGGGCUGUGGGGCCUUGCACCCCUUGACCCCGAGGUGAAGCCUCGCUACCUGUCCCUGUGCAGAGCUGGGCGCUAGGUCCGCCUCUUAGCGCCACCAGCUCUUACCUUCGGGAGUCAGGCACUGACAGCCGCCCCGCAGCGGCCCCCCACGCCUCCCCGCUGCACCCCGUAAUGCAAUUCACCGGGGCGGGGGAGGCGGCGGCGGCGGCACCCACGGCGGCGGCACUGCCCCAAACCAGAGACGUCUAGAAAAAAGGAGGAAAAAUGGCUCCGAGCAGGGACCGCUUGCUGCACUUUGGGUUCAAGGCGACAAUGUUCUCAAACAGUGAUGAAGCUGUAAUCAAUAAAAAACUUCCCAAAGAACUUCUACUAAGGAUAUUUUCUUUCCUGGAUGUUGUUACCUUGUGUCGCUGUGCUCAGGUUUCCAGGGCCUGGAAUGUCCUAGCUCUGGAUGGCAGUAACUGGCAACGAAUUGACCUGUUUGAUUUCCAGCGGGAUAUUGAGGGCCGGGUAGUGGAAAAUAUCUCAAAAAGAUGUGGAGGCUUUUUACGAAAGUUGAGUCUUCGUGGGUGUCUCGGAGUAGGAGACAAUGCAUUAAGGACCUUUGCACAAAAUUGUAGAAAUAUUGAAGUACUGAAUCUAAAUGGGUGUACAAAGACAACAGAUGCUACCUGUACUAGCCUUAGCAAGUUCUGCUCCAAACUCAGGCACCUCGACUUGGCUUCCUGUACAUCAAUAACAAACAUGUCUCUCAAAGCUCUGAGUGAGGGGUGUCCACUGUUGGAGCAGUUGAACAUUUCCUGGUGUGACCAAGUAACCAAGGAUGGCAUUCAAGCACUAGUGAGAGGCUGUGGGGGCCUGAAGGCCUUAUUCCUAAAAGGCUGCACACAGCUAGAAGAUGAAGCUCUCAAGUACAUAGGAGCACACUGCCCUGAGCUGGUGACUUUGAACUUGCAAACUUGCUUACAAAUCACAGAUGAAGGUCUCAUCACCAUAUGCAGAGGGUGUCAUAAGUUGCAGUCCCUCUGUGCCUCUGGGUGCUCCAAUAUCACAGAUGCCAUCCUGAACGCUCUAGGUCAGAACUGCCCUCGGCUUAGAAUAUUAGAAGUGGCCAGAUGUUCUCAGUUAACAGAUGUGGGCUUCACGACUCUGGCCAGGAACUGCCAUGAGCUUGAAAAGAUGGACCUAGAAGAAUGUGUUCAGAUCACAGACAGCACAUUGAUCCAGCUCUCUAUACACUGUCCUCGGCUUCAAGUGUUGAGUCUUUCUCACUGUGAGCUGAUCACAGAUGAUGGGAUCCGUCAUCUAGGAAACGGGGCCUGCGCCCAUGACCAGCUGGAGGUGAUAGAGCUGGACAACUGCCCGCUGAUCACCGACGCAUCCCUGGAACACUUGAAGAGCUGUCAUAGCCUUGAACGCAUAGAACUCUAUGACUGCCAGCAAAUCACUAGGGCUGGAAUCAAGAGACUCAGGACCCAUUUGCCCAAUAUUAAAGUCCACGCCUACUUCGCACCCGUCACUCCACCCCCGUCAGUAGGGGGCAGCAGACAGCGUUUCUGCAGGUGCUGCAUCAUCCUAUGACAAUGGAGGUGGCCAACCUUGGUGACUGAGUAUUUAAUGACACUUCUAGACUUACCAUGGAGUCUCUCCAGUGGAAGCGAGGGCAGCAUCCAGAUCCCCAGAGCCACACAUACACAGGGACACGCCCUCACCCCCAUCCGCUGCAGUCCUGUGACCAUGGCACUGAAGUUCACACUGGCUGUAACAAGUGGAUUGGUAAAACUUAACCAUUCCUGUUGGACAUGCCCAGAAGAAAUCUUAGGCCAUGAUAGAUAGAGGGAGGGGACAUUCCAGCAAAACCCAGUGUUACUGCUACUGUGGUUUCUUUAUUUUAUUAAGGGGUUUCUGUGGGGAUUUUGAAACAGUAACUGCAAUCUUCCAGGGUGAAAGGUAGCAUGGAGAAAAAUAUGAUGUAUCCAGGGACCAGAAAGAAAAUUUCUUUUGCAUCCUAGAAAUAGUAUCCAUCCAUUGGGAGAUACUUACACAACUUUUGUGCUUCCUUGUUUCCAUGACAAUGUGCUGAGCAUGCUCACAAAGAAGGCUCGUCCAUUCAUCUGAUGUUUUAAUAUUUGGCCCAGAGGUUUCCUUAGCAGCUAUAUUGAAAUUGCUGAGGUCCAAAUAUGAUUGCUUUUUCUUAUCUGCUCAGUUUGUCACUCUGCCACUGUGCACCCACCUCCCAUUUUCCUCACUCUCUGCCGCGCUCUGGCUCAGUCUGUUCCCAGUCGUCUGCUGCUCACACUCAGUUCACUCCCUCACUGUUGUGUUUACAGUUUACAUUUUGGAUGAUUAGUUGGAAUUACCAAACAUUUUUAAAAGAAACAUCAAUAAAUAUUUUUUUAAUCUAAAUUUUACCAUUAGGGGACCCUGCCUGAAUCUUUGCCAGUCUGGAAGGAAACUGUAACAGAAGCAGGAGAGUUAGGAUAAGAAAGAGUUGAACCAUUUUGUUUUCUCUUGUACCUUUUGCUCUACACUCAUUUGCACAAUGUGCUCGGUGUUCCCUUACACAUUUCCCUCUUCUAAACUUGGUGAGCUUUUUAAGAAAAGAGAAGUGCAUUAUUAGUAUGAAGUGAAUGGUGAAUCCCCAAACUAAGCCCAGCCGUCUCUAUUACCCAUGCUCAAGCACAAGUGUCCUGCGCUGUCUGUCCUUUAUUGACAGUGUGGUCUGAUCUCUGCCUGUCUGCGGAGUUACUCCAUUUUGCAGCAGUACUGCAAAUGGGGUCGGGGGAUGGUUAGCUUAUGGAGCCCGCCCCCAUUUAAUCCCAUCAGGGAUACAAAAAGAGCCAUGUAACAGCCAGAUGCCUGUGUCAGUGUUAGCAGGAUUAUAUAAUAUUGGCACCUCAGAAGACAUGAACAUAGCACGUUCUCUCUCUCUCUCUCUCUCUCUCUCUCUCUCUCCAGGCUUCCUAUAAGUGGGAUAUGAAGGCAGACAGGCAGGGACAUUGGGGUAGCCAGAGGGCCUUGAGAGGGAAUAAGGGGCUCAGUAUCUAUACCAAGCCUGGGACAUGACCACCAGAGCUAAGAAAAGCCAUAGUACCUAUGGCUCAGAGUCAAGAAGAAGCCUCUUCAAAAGAACCCACAGAAACCACAGUUUCUAAAGUAUAUUUCUAAACUCAAAUGUUAGAGGCCAUGUGUGAUGUUUUAUAGGGUGUUGGGGGAAAGGCUUUUAGGAUGAAGGAAUGCAAGCCAGUAUGAUCCCAGGAUGUUAAAAGGGCUGUUUUAAUGCUAUUGGUAUUGGUUCUACCAGAAUAUACAAGAAUAAAGUCUGAUUUAUUUCUCCAUUAAUGUAGAAAACAAUCAGAUGAAAGUUGCUAGAAUUCUAUACUACCAGAAUUAUUUAUCAUAUUAAACUUAUUUAAAAUUUUAUGCUCUUUCGAAAGCUAUUACUUAUGGCUUUUGUUUUUGUUUUUUGUUUGUGUUUGUUUGUUUUGUUUUAUUCCUUCUCCCCUUUAUGUUCAGAUUACCUUGCACAAAAUUUCUUUUUUUCCUCAGAGACCAUCUGUUACGUUGCCAAGCUGACUGGUCUCCAGUUGGCACCUGGGCUCCAGUUCCCCUCCAACUCACCCAGCACCCUGAGUAAAUGGUACUGUGGUGGCUCAUACUGCUUUACCUGGCAAACUCAGUACACACACCGGCACACAUGCUUCCAAAUGAUUUAGAUCCCUGGGUCUCUCGAACAAAACCAAAAGUAAUUGAGAGACCAUCAGCUGUAAGCUAUGUUGUUGGAUUUUUUUUUCCUCCCUAAGUGCCUAACAAGUUGACAAUAAACCCUGGAUAUUAAUGGAUAGUGGAUAUCCAUUUGAAAAUCCCAAGUCUAAGCCAUUCAAGUACCUCUUUUUUUUUUCCCAUUAAAGUUUGAAUGAGUCUGUUAUUCACCAGUAUGUCAAAA